UCUAACCUGCAAAUAGCGUUCUUUGCACAAGGUAACACUGAUUAAAUUAGAGCUACAAUAGCCUAUAAACUAUACAAUCUGCAAUGAAAAGUUAACUUCACUUAUAAAGUUUGUGUCUAGUAGGCCUAGCUAAACUUACAUUGCGAGGUGCGGAGUGUCAGAAUAUAAACAAUACAAUCUCUCUCUCUCGCUCUCUCGCUCACGCUCCCUCUCUCUCUCUCUAGAUUUAGUGACAAACCUGUGAGCCUUUUGUUGAAAUGUUAGCCAAUAGAGACGGAUUACGCCACUAGGCAGCAGUGAUAUAUAAAGGGGGCUUUAUAGACGCAUUUGUACAGUUGAAAAAGACAUGCUAAAGUAUUUUCCGACAGUGAAGCAGGUAGCUGAUAAAAGGACUUGAAAACACAAUUGAAAUGCAAAAAGGAACGUUCUUUAAAAGAAUCCGAUUAUACCCGUCGCUUUGUCCGUUUAAAAUGGAAUAUAUAUUCUGCUAAAACGUCUUCAUUUCUUUUUAGAUAGCUAAUUCGUUGCUCGAAUAAAUAUUCUCAAGAUAAGAACCACAGUAUCUUGCAAAGUCAAGAGGAAAACCGUUGAUACUGACCAUUUAACAUCAUGACAAGGUAUAACUUUUUGUUGUGCUUAACGGUUCUUAUUUCUUUGGGACUGUCCGGGAGCGAUGAGCCGGACCUCUUUCAGGCUCCACUCAGUGAGAUGUCCUCGGAUGCUGGAGUCUCUCUCUUUGAUCUGGAGGAUGUGGACUCUCCAGAGUGUUCAGCGUGCGUUUGGAGAGAACAGAGUAAAGUCUUACGGCUGGAAACAAUCAAAUCACAAAUCCUCAGCAAACUGCGCUUAAAACAAGCGCCCAACAUCAGCAGAGAGGUGGUUAAUCAGCUUCUUCCAAAAGCACCUCCGCUGCAGCAGCUUCUGGACCAUCACGACUUCCAGGGGGACGCAUCCUCCCUAGAGGAUUUCAUGGACGCCGAUGAGUAUCACGCCACUACCGAGUCCGUCAUCACCAUGGCCUCAGAGCCUGAACCUCUGGUGCAGGUGGAUGGGAAACCCAGCUGUUGUUUCUUCAAGUUCAGUCCAAAACUGAUGUUUACCAAGGUCUUGAAAGCCCAGCUGUGGGUUUAUCUGCGGCCACUACAGCAAACUUCCACUGUUUACCUGCAGAUCCUUCGCCUUAAACCUAUCACUGAGCAGGGAAGCCGACACAUCCGCAUCCGGUCACUCAAAAUCGAGCUCAGUUCACAAGCUGGUCAUUGGCAGAGCAUUGAUUUCAAGCAUGUGUUGCAGAACUGGUUCAAGCAGCCACACACAAACUGGGGCAUUGAUAUAAAUGCCUAUGACGAGAGUGGCAAUGACCUGGCUGUGACGUCUCUGCGGCCUGGAGAGGAAGGACUGCAGCCGUUCCUGGAGGUCAAGGUUCUUGAAACAACCAAGCGCUCACGGAGAAAUCUGGGUCUUGACUGUGAUGAGCACUCCACGGAAUCCCGCUGUUGUCGCUACCCGCUCACAGUGGACUUUGAAGCUUUUGGCUGGGACUGGAUCAUUGCACCCAAACGUUACAAGGCAAACUACUGUUCAGGCCAGUGUGAGUACAUGUUCAUGCAGAAGUACCCACAUACUCAUCUGGUUCAGCAUGCCAAUCCUAGAGGCUCGGCAGGGCCAUGCUGCACGCCCACGAAGAUGUCGCCGAUAAACAUGCUGUACUUCAAUGAUAAACAGCAGAUAAUCCAUGGCAAAAUCCCAGGAAUGGUGGUGGACCGUUGUGGCUGUUCAUAGAAUUAUGUGUUUUGGUUGAGCUAAGGGAAAGUGAUGGAGGGAGGGUGUUAGGGAUGAAGUCUGGCACCUACAAGUCUCUGCAAUUUCCUUUUAUUUUCCUUACAUUCCUUGGAAAGAAUACUACAUAAUGUACAGAGAACAAAAAGACAUUUGUUGUUUCUUUCAUAACUCUAG